AUGGCGGGCGCGGGUGUGGGUGGUGUUACAACGGCUGUCACGACGGUGCAGAGGUGCGGAGGUGGAAAUGGAGGUGGAGGUGAAAGAGGUGGUUCAGGUGGAGGAAAUGUAGGUGGAGGUGGAAGAGGUGGUUCAGGUGGAGGAAAUGUAGGUGGAGGUGGAAGAGGUGGUUCAGGUGGAGGAAAUGUAGGUGGAGGUGGAAGAGGUGGUUCAGGUGGAGGAAAUGUAGGUGGAGGUGGAAGAGGUGGUUCAGGUGGAGGAAAUAUAGGUGGGGGUGGAAAAGGUGUCUAA